ACCGUGGGCGUGGCUUCAGGUUUCACUGCGUCACCCGUUUCUAUGGAAAUAUAGCCUACUAAUGCUGCUGAGACGGUCACAGUUAUAAAGACUUCAUCAUUAACGUUAAGUGUUCUAACCUGGUACUGCUCGUAACACUGCGUUGUAAUAAGUGUUAUAAUAGAGACUAUUUAUUACGUAUGUAAUAAAAUGUAAUAAAAAUACAAAAAAAAAAAAAAAAUUAGCCUAGAGUUAGGAAUAAGGCACGCCCACUUCCGGGAAUCCAUACGUCACGAGCUUACCUGCGAGCGCAACCCGAGACCUGUCCACCACAGCACAGGUAAGAGCGGGGUAACGAUUCGGAACCACUUUCUCUUAUUUUAGUUCAUAGACAAGAUCUUUUCCUUUUUGUUUAUUUGUUUGUUUAUUUACUUAUCGAUUGAACACCUGGGCUGGAUUUGAACGAGUGGGAUUUCAGGUGUCCGGUUGAGCGCGAGACGGGUUUGUUGCCCCGCGUGACUUCCGCGCGCCGAGCUGAGCAUGAAAUCUGAUGUCGCACUCUAAUCCCGCUGGUGAGGAAAGCGAAGGUGCCAAGCCAUGUCCCUUCCGUGGCGCUUCCUGUUCCUCGUGCUGGUUGGAGCUUUAAUGUGCGCAGCAGAUCUGAAGAAAUAUGACUUGCAGAAGAACAUCACCUGCUCUCAGGGUCUGAGCAACUGCCGAGUCAGUCGUUCCAACUCUGUGGUUCCUCCACGUGAUUUCGGCCCCGUGGAAGUUUUGUCUUUCGACGUAGAGACCGCUCUGUGCUGCAGAGCACCGCAGAAAUGCAGAGCGUGCCUCAGGAUCCGGAUCCGCCUCCGAAUCCUUGACGAUGACGACGUCAGCGGAGAAACUCCAGAAGUCUCUGAAGACGGGGCCCGUGCUGCUAUAACACUGUCCUACACGUCUGCGCCAAAUCUUCAGUCCUACAAGAGGAUCAACUUUACUGUGAAAUCCGACACAUGGACGAACCAAGAAUCUGAGGUCACGGUGGUGGUGCACGAGGGCGUGUUCCUGGGGAGCUCUGUGUCGGUCACGGUGAACAAUAUGUCACGGGAUGUUCACUUCCCGCAGCACAACUCGGUGUGCCCUUCUGAUGUAGAGGAAUGUAAAACUCCAAGAAUCUUCAGAGAGAUCAACAGGGACAAAGGCGUGGUGGAACUGAAAGCCGAGCCCGAGGAGAUGCUGGUGAUGUGUGUGAAACGGAAAGGGAUGGGCUCGUGUUGGCUGAGCGACCGGAUCAUCCCCCUGCACGCCGUCACACACUGCAUGUGUUUCCAGGCUUGGAGGGAAAACAGAGAAUAUGACAAAUCUUACCGGUCUGAAAGUUGCCCCUUUGAGGAUGACAAAGAGUUCAGCAGGAACGCAGCGAAGAACAUGUCACUCUCCGUGGGACACUCCGAGACCAACGAAGGUCGUCCAGCACUGAGCUGGAACAUGAGCGCCCCCUGCAGGCUGGAGGCCGAGGUGUGGCCUUGCCAGAUGGCCGUGACUCUGGGUGGAGGCUGCAGGGAAGUGCCCGGUUUCCGACGGAACAUCAGCACCGGGUGGGAAGAGAACAUCAGUAUGGUGUGGACGUCAGGCGCGUUCCUGGACGUUAGAACCACAAACAACCUGCAACCCUGUGUGAUGUUUAAGGUGGAUGGAGAAACGUUCGGCCCCGUGUGCGAGCGUGAAGCCUCCAGGGGGCGCUGGAUCUGCGUGAUGUCGGUGACGCUGCUGAUUUCCGUCCUGUUCGCGGUAGGAGUGCUCGUGUUCAGGAGCAGGAUCGAAGAGUGGCUUUCAAACUCCAGUACAACGCAUCAGUCUCGAGGCCUCCGUGGUGAAGUGCUGCUCGUGUACUCGUCCGGUUCCGAUCCGUCUCUCUCGGAAACCGUGUGCUGGUUUGCUACUUGGCUUUCUGAGCUCGGGUUCUCCGUCUCUCUGGAUCUGUGGAAUCGGGCGCCCGUGAGCGCGAUGGGUCCGACCCCGUGGCUACACUCGCGGUUCCAGCACGUCCAAAAGCAAGGUGGCAAAACCCUGCUGCUGCUCUCGCACGACGCCGUGCUCCGAGCCAAGGCUUGCUAUGAAAGCUGGAGCGGUGUGUCCAACAGAGAAGACGGCAAGGCGAGCAAUACGCCCUGGGCGUGGAACGCCGACGUCUUCAGUUCAGCUCUCAGCGCCCUUUUCUCCGCUCGCCUGCAGGGCGGCGCCGCUGAGCACUUCGCUCUGGUGCAGUUGGAGUCAGAGACACUUGACAUACCGGAGCUGUUUCAAGGUCUAAGGCUCUACCAGCUGCCCUCAGAGUCUCAGCGCCUUCUCGCCGACCUCCACACCGGGCGCCCGGGAAGCUUUGGAGCUCGGCUCAAGAGAUUCCUCUGGACCUGGAGAGCUUCGGCGCGGCUGGAGAAGAGGUUGAGGAACCGUGAGAAAGAGCGGUGGUCGUGCACCACACUCCCGCAGGUUGAAGAGGAGACGCUCCCUCUGCGUGUUUAACUCAGACUUUACGUCACGUAGCAGGGUUCAGUAACGAAAUGAAGUCCGUACACCGUGUACAUAUGAAGGAAGAAAACGUUAGCGCCUCUGAUUUAUUCGCGUCUGUGGGGAACUCGGUAUCAGUUCCAAAGUCAAGAUGUUUGUGUUUUUUCUACCAUUUUCAUCUAUUUGCGAGUAGAUGGUGUCGUGUAAUCCUGCUGCUCGCCUCACUCCUGUACAGACGUCUUUCCUUCUCACUCAGCGCCUUCGCUCCUGAACGACAGGGAUUCGGAAGAGAAUCUAGCCAGAAGUAUAAGUAUUUUAUCUACACGGUUUUUGGAGCAGGAGCUCGUGUGUGUGUGGUCGUAAUGAGCAGUUCUGGACUAGGACUGCGACCUUCUACACCUACACUCAGCGCUGUAAAGUCUACGCAUAACUACUGAGCCCGUGAGUGAGGACGGGAACGUUUCAGAAACUUUAUGAUCCAGUGCUGGUGAUUUUUUUUUUUAAACCAGCCGCGCUAAGGAAGGAGCACAACAGCAGUCGAGUGCACAGAAAAGUUGAAUUGUUUACACUAGUUAUGACGCCACAGUCCCUAAAUCUACAUACGGAACGCAUCCCGUGGCGUUACUGAUUCGCGACUCGUGUAAUAUUCCUACUCCCUUUCCGUGAAAUAUUGACAAACUGUUUAGAUUUACAGGGAGGAGCAUUAAAUGAAACGAUCAUUAAACUGUAGCUUAAGAAUAACCGGAUUUAGAUUUAGGAAAUAUUUAAAACAUUAAGUGCCAGUUCUUUAGCAUGCCAGAGAAUAUUUUAACAUUUAGAACUGGACCACGGAGCGGUGGACGAAGGCGGCCUGGUCUGAUGAAUCAUGUUUUCUUUUACAUCACGUGGAGUCCGAGUGCGUGUGUGCGCGUCGCUCUCCUGGGGAAGAGACGGUACCAGGAUGCACUAUGGGAAGAAGGCGAGCCGGCGGAGGCAGUGUGAUGCUUUGGGAAAUGUUCUGCUGGAAAACCUUAGAUCCUGGUGUUCAUGUGGAUCUCACUUUGACACGUACCACCUGCCUAAACACUGUUACAGUGGCAGUGGCCUCUUUCAGCAGGAUAAUGCGCCAGGAACGGUUCAGGAACGGUUUGAGGAACAUGACAAAGAGUUCAAGUCGUUGACUCGGCCUCCGAAUUCCCCAGAUCUCAAUCUGAUCGAGUGUCUGUGGGACGUUCUGGACAAACAAGUCCGAUCCACGGAGGCCCGACCUCGCAGCUUACAGGACUUAAAGGAUCUGCUGCUAACGUCUCGGUGCCAGAUCCCACAGCACACCUUCAGAGGUCUUGUAGAGUCCACGCCUCGACACCUCAGAGGCACAAGGUGGACCUACACGACGUUAUGCAGGUGGAUUUAAUGUUAUGGCUGAUCGCUGUAUAACAUCACACCGAGUUCUAAAAAGUCCUCCAGUAAUCAAUGCACGUUAGUCGGCAUGUCUUCGGUAAUCAGUAAUACGAUAUCCUGUGAAUGUCAAGGUGCGCAGUGGUGUUAUUAGGACCAUUUAAACAUCUCAGGUGACGCAGCGUGUGUGCACAUUGUCUGAAGUUACUCAUUUAGAAGAAAUGUGAAAACCGUAAAAUCCUAAAAAAUUCCGGUCCUUAAAGCAAGCUAGCUGAAAGACGCCGAUGUAGGGAUGAUUUAAUACAGUAAUGAUAUUACAUCGUGACCUGUGGUAGAAAGUUAAAGUGGAAAUAUGAAAAUGGAAGAGAUUUAUUUGGGAUUUACACCUUUUCUCCAGAGUUAGCAGAUCAGCCGAGACAGAUUCACUGUCUGGCGUUUGCCUCUUUAGCUUCGGCCUGGAGCUCGGUUAAUCUUAGGUUAAUAUUUAUUUAUAUAUAUAUAUAUAUAUAUAUAUAUAUAUAUAUUUUAUUUUUUAUUUUUUUUUCUGCCAAAUGAUUUAGAACAUAUCUACUAGUAACACACACACACACACACACACACACACACAAAAACACCUCCAGUUUUCACCCAUUCAGAGCCGAUGAAGAUGGACUCUGACCUUCAGCAGUAAACACUGAUCUGCUCCGAGUCUGUGGGUCGAGUCUGAGUCGAGUCUGUGGGUCGAGUCUGUGGGUCGAGUCUGAGUCGAGUCUGUGGGUCGAGUCUGUGGGUCGAGUCUGUGGGUGUAUUUGUUUUGUUGGGAGAAAAUAAAAUGCAGUUUGUCCUGCAGAUCAAAACUGAUUAAUGUUUGCUUAGAAUGCAAAGUCAAGCUACAUCAUGACUGUUUUUUCUGACACAUAAGGGCAAAAAGGAGAAAAACCACUCCCCCCCCCCCCACACACACACACACUCACACACAGUUUAACAGAUGUGGCCCUGUUCAGAUAGGCCUCCUCGGGUUUCAAUCUCAAAUACAUACAAAUAUCUGAAAGAUGUGCACUUACUCAGGGGGAGAGAGAGAGAGUAUUGUUUAAUAUAUUUACAAAACUUUUAAAUGUUGUAUAUGUACAUGUAUAUUCAUAUUCAAAACCAAUUAUAGCACAUUAUAUAAUCUGUAUGUACAGUGUGUCGGAUUGUAAAUGUAAACACACGAGCACGGUGUCACUUUUUAACCUGAAUGCGUGUGAAAUAUACCGGUGGUGUCAACUUAUAGCCUGUGAUUAAUAAUCUUGUGUUGUGUGAAGUGUUUUAACCGUCUAACCUUGACCUCCUGUUUAUUUAAUAAACACGUAACGAAGA